AUGAGUCCUUCCAUUGCAAACACCAUGCGACGCUUUUCGCGAGGAUCCUCACAGCGCAGAUCAGAUAAUUCUUCAGCAUCAAAUACUGUCAAUCAAGGUCAGGGUCAAGGUCAGAUCACUGGAAACGAAGCGUAUACACCUCCACUUGGUGGUAGCGGCCACCAGACGAACCCCAACGGUGGUGCUGUAACGUCAGCUGGCGGUUCUGGUUUCCACCACGACACUUCGAGGCCGAUUUCAGCGGGCAGUAAUUCCAGUUUCGACUUUAUGAACAGGCCGGUUAGUGGUGGACUUGCGUCGCAUCAACCAAUGCCGAACAGCUCGGUUGGUGGUUUGAGUAGGACGGAUCAGGUGGUGUUGAGGUAUUUCUGGGAGGAUAAGUAUGCCGAUAAUGCGAAAAGGGAUUUGCAUUUUCUGAAAUUUCCUUUCUUUGGGCAGUACCCGUCACACGCGGAGUUAAUGCCAUAUUGUGAGAUCUACCAUCUGGUCAAGACUUCUCCUGGUGCAUCGAUUGUGAGCCUGGGGAGUGCGAAUGGUGUAUAUAUUGGCUUCGAGCUCGCCCAAGGUGCUCAACUACACAUAGACAUGGACGACGAGUGGCGCGAUAUCUCCCACCAUCGCAUCAUCUUCAAGCCAUACGAGUCGAUGCUCAGGGAUCCAACCUCAGAUGCCACUUUCAAGACCUGGCCCAAGCCAUUGACCAUUGAAUUCCUGGAAGACCAGUACCAGAGAUGGGUCAGAGACCUGACGAGUUUCUGCUGGAUCGAUGAGCCAGUCCGUGAAUUGGGAUCUGCUGGUGCGAACGGACUUGGUGGCGAAGUUGAGAGGAGUAUCAGCAUGGGUGGCAACAAGAGACGUGGUGAUCAAAGUAUGCAUGGUCAGCCACUAUGUGAGUGGUGUGACCGACCUGAUUGCGAGGCAAUGCGUCGACGCUCUUUGGCCUCAAACGCUUUCCGAGAGGAGGAUCCACUACCUCAGCAGAAUUCUGCACGAACAACACAACCGACGACAAUACCGGGCCAGAACGGUGUCUCGCAGCGGAAAUCCCGGACCUGGCGUUUUGUCAAUUCGCACGGUAUUUCUUGGACAUAUUCACAACGUCGUCGUCACCGUCGACGAUCUACAGGCGCAACAUGA